CAGGGAGGAGCACUGACAGCUGACAGGAGGCAGGCCGAUGUAGAAUUUCAUUUCCUGAAAAUGUGCAGUUGCCAGUGUUGGAUCACAGCGAGAAGUUCUCUAGGCAGUCUGCCGCUCUCCUGUGUCCUGGGGGUGGGGUGAGAGCAAGUAACACUCUUUGCCUCUGUCUGUCUCCCCUCCCUCCCACCCCGGUGGGGGUAAACCCCACACCUUCAGGGAUUUACCAGCCAAGGCGACUCCUGCAGAAAUGACCUCGGUGUGGAAGAGGCUCCAACGCGUGGGGAAGCGAGCUUCCAAGUUUCAGUUCGUCGCCUCUUACCAGGAGCUGGUGAUCGAAUGCACUCAGAAAUGGCAACCGGACAAACUGAUUGUGGUGUGGACCCGAAGGAACAGGAGAAUUUGUUCGAAGCCUCACAGCUGGCAGCCGGGCAUCAAUAACCCGUACCGGGGCAUGGUGCUGUGGCCUGUACCGGAAAACGUCGACAUCUCCGUAACCUUCUACAAGGACCCCCUCGCUGAAGAAUUUGAAGAUAAGGAAUGGACCUUCGUUAUCGAAAACGAACGAAAAGGGCAUCGAAAGGUGCUGGCAUCUGCCGAUAUCAACAUGAAGAAAUACGCCAGUCCAAUGCCCACCAUGACAGACGUCAAGCUCAAACUCAAACCCCUCUCCGUCAAGGUCAUCUGUGCCACACUGCAGUUCUCCCUCUCCUGUGUCUUCCUCCGAGAAGGACGGGCGACGGACGAAGACAUGCAGAGCCUGGCUAGCCUGAUGAGCGUGAAGCAGGCUGACAUCGGGAAUUUGGACGAUUUUGCCGAGGAGAGUGACGAGGAGGGGGAUGAUCGCCGGGUGCAUCAGGAAGACAAGGCUAGCAGGACGAAAGACAUCAGUGAACCUCUCAGCACACUUCAAGAGGAGGAGGAAGACGCUGGAGUAGCCGGAAGCAGUUGGGACACAGCAGCAACGCUGCCAGCUGGAUGGAAGAUGGAUGCCAAGGCCCAGUAUGGUUCAGAGGUCAUGGAGACCAGUUUGAGCCCCUUCAGCCCAGCCCGUCAGGCUCAGACUGGACACGAGAGAUCUGUCAGCAAAAAUCACCUCUCAUCAGGAGGCCCAGACCAGGGUCAGAGCCGCAAGCAAGGAGGUGUCGCACGUCAGCCUCCCGAUGUCGCCAUGGUGACCCCGGUCAGCCUGCCUGGGGACCGCGGGUCUGGGGCCAAACCGACCUGCGACGGAGAGGGGCCAGGCCUCGGUGGGACCCGGCCACUCGUCCCUGAGGCAGCCCAGCCUAGGAACCCCUUCGAAGAGGCAUCCACCCCCUUACCCCAGCCCCACAAGCCUGUGGAACCAGGCCGCAGUGACGUUGCCAAGCAACCACAGACAGGCACGAUGGAUGAUGGCUCAGUGAAGCCCGUGGAGGCCGGAGGACAGAAGCCUUUGCCCGCUCCACGUCUAAAGAAACGACAGCACAGUUUGACCCUGCCCACCGACGCUGUGGCACCGCCCAAUGGAGCAGGGGUCACCUCCACAGGAGCUCCUGAUACGACGGGCACAUCCACGUUGCCAGCGCCACGGCCGGACCGGGGUUCGGAGCCCAGCCGCAAGGCGGAAGGGUCAAUCUCAACUGCCAAUGGGCAGGAUGGCACAGCUGGCAAUAGAAGGUCCACGCCCGGGGACUCCACAGCCAAUCAGAACGAAGGCAAAACCAAGCGGAAAGCCCCGCCCCCGCCGAUCGUGCUCAACAGCAACGCGCAAAUGGCGGAAUCCAACGUGGGAGCCCGGGACCCGGAGGAAACAGCAGCAGGACCUGCUUUACAGAGCCCGGUCCAGAGUCUGGCCAAUACCAGCCGCAACCUGCUGGACUGGUGCAGGACGGUAACGCGGGAUUACCAGCGGCUGAAGAUCACCAAUUUCACCACCUCCUGGAGGAACGGCCUCGCCUUCUGCGCCAUCCUGCACCACUUCCACCCGGAACUCAUAGAUUACUCCUCCCUGGACCCUCACGAUAUCAAGACCAACAACAAGAAGGCCUUCGACGGAUUCGCCAGCCUCGGCAUCUCCCGGCUCCUGGAGCCGGCGGACAUGGUACUCCUCGCCAUUCCCGACAAGCUCAUCGUCAUGACCUACCUGUGCCAGAUCCGGGCCCACUUCACCGGGCAGGAGCUCAACGUGGUGCACAUCGAGGAGAACAGCAGCGAGAGCACCUACAAGGUAGGCAACUUUGACUCGGACUCGCACAGCUCCCUCGACCCCGUCCAGUUUUACUCGGAGAGAAUGGAGGCCCAACAGGCAGCCCCAGUACCACAGAGGCCUUCCAGGCCUAAGAAGGAGGCCCUGAAGAGGGCCAGCAAAGGCCCGGCCAGCGGCAGCGAUGACCUAGAUUCUCCCAGGCCGAGUAUGGGCUCCCCCGCGGCGGUUACCCCCGGUUACCAACCCCAGGCUUCGGUCGCCGUGCUAGGCCCCCAAGCCACGGAGGCCAGGCCGGCCGCAGGGGCGGGGCCCCCUGCUCCCAGUCCUGCUCCCUUGACACCGGCCGACCCACACGAGGGUCCAGCGACGUCUGGGGAUUCCCCGGCCUCCAAGGGCCUGGCAGGUGCCCAGGGGGCGCCUGUGCCCAUGACUCGCAGGAAGCACCGGGGAGCGGCCGUGGCAGAGGUGGAGGGGGGACCCACGGGGCCGCCAGCCUUGGAGGAUCAUGGGAAGAACAGCCAAGUGGUCAUCACCGAGGAUGUUGGGACACCUGUGGGGUCAAGAGCCUCAGAGGACCAUGCGAAGAGUGGCCAACUGGUUAUUACAGAGGAUGAUGACAUACCCAUGAGGGCAAGAGCCUCAGAGGAUUAUGGGAAGAAUAACCACCUGGUCAUUACAGAGGAUGAUGGAAUAUCCAUGGGGGCAAGCACCUUGGAGGACCAUGGGAAGACUAGCCAACUGGUCAUUACAGAGUAUGAUGGGAAAUCCAUGGUGGCAAGCACCAAGGACCAUGGGAAGAGUAGCCCACUAGUCAUUACUGAGGAUGAUAGUUUACCCAUGGAAGCAAGACCUUCAGAGGACCAUUUGGAAAGUGGCCAACUGGUCAUCACAGAGGAUGAUGAAAUACCCAUGGGGGCAAGAGUCUUGGAGGACCAUGGGAAGGGAGGCCAACUGGUCAUUAGAGAGGAUGAUGGAGCACCCAUUGGGACAUCAGCGUUGGAUGAUCUUGCAAAGGCCAAAGAGCCUUGCUCUGCUGAGGAUACGGGGUCAUUGGCACCCCCAGAGCUCCGGGAGAAGUCUGGGGCUCUUCCUAUCACAGUCGGCGAUGAGGAACCGCCUGACCCCGAGGCUGAUGGGAGGACAGCUGCCCAGGGGUAUGAUGGGAAGGCCCUGGAGCAGGCCAGUGUGGGGCUGGGCAGCAAACCACAGGCGCAGACGGCGGCGGUGACCAAUGAGCAGCUGGAAGCGGAGAGGCUGGGCGAUGGGAACGCCGUGGAAUUGCCCAACAGGGAAGAUGCCCCAGCGUCAGCCUUGGCCACCUCAGAGGAUGGAGCAAGGCCCAAAGUGGCGACUCUCCCCGAGGGCCCAAAACAUGGCAUGACGACGCCUCCCGUCGCCGAAGAGUCUGGGAUGAGAGCCGGCCCCGGGGAGCAGGAAACCUCACGGGAGGCUCCUCAGCAGAUGGGAAGGGCAGCAGACACGGACAGGAUGGACCAGGCAAGGCCGGGGGAGCCCAGCGGCGGAACCUCACCCCCAGGAGGGCACGGGAGUGGCCGGCCGGAACGGAUGCAGCGCUCCCUGUCGUCGGAGAGCAGGUCCCCAGGAAGGAUGGGCAAGUCCGGCUUCUCCCACAUCCGGGACGCUGACCUGGUCAGGAAGAGACGCUCCCGGAGGCGCAGCAACUCGGUGGAGGAGGCUGAUGCCACUCACUGCCAGACCGACGUGGUGAGCAGUGGGUCAAGGCCAGAGGUGGAUGUCACUGAAGUCCAGGUGGAAAUCUGUUCCGAGUCUCACCCCAGGGUGACUUCGCCCCAUCAGGCUGGAGUCCAACAUGGCGCUGACCAUCGCCCAGAGAUGAGGAGGCAGAGGUCGCUCCAGGAGGACAGAGGCCAGGAGAAAGAGAAUGUGCCGGAAAAAAAGACCGAGGAAGACAACCCGCGCCUGCGAGACACCAGUCAGUACGUCCUUGGGGAGCUGACCGCGUUGGAGAGUGAACAGAGGCAGAUAGACUCUCGGGCGGCUGUUGUUGAGAAGAAACUACGCAGGAUCAUGGAAACAGGUCGAGACAGGGUGGAGGAGGAGGAUCUGAUCCAGGAAUGGUUCGUGCUGGUUAAUAAGAAAAACGCACUGAUUCGGAGACAGGACCAACUGCAGCUUCUAGAGGAGGAACAUAAUCUCGAGAGGAGGUUUGAGUUACUGAACCGGGAGUUGCGGGCAAUGAUGGGCAUCGAAGAGUGGAAAAAGACGGAUGCCCAGCAGCGGCGAGAGCGAUUGUUACUGGAGGAACUCAUCUCCCUGGUCAAUAAGAGGGACAGCCUGGUUCGAGACCUGGACACCAAGGAGCGAUUGGCUGAGGAGGAAGACGCCCGUCUGGAGCGAGGCUUGCAACACAGGCGUCAGAAGUAUAGCCGCCGGGAGAAAUGCGUGAUAAACUGAGCAAGAGAGGCAGAGAAGGAGAGAGAGAGAGAGAGAGAGAGAGAGAGAGAGAGA